UACAGAGAGUGAAUCAUAUAUUCAGAAAACAGAAGUCUGUGAAGAUGAACACUAAAGAUCUAAAGGUUGACCCUGAAAAGCUGUUCACCAAGUUGGAGCGGAUUGGAAAGGGCUCAUUUGGAGAGGUCUUCAAAGGCAUCGACAAUCGCACACAACAGGUGGUCGCCAUAAAGAUCAUUGAUCUGGAGGAGGCCGAGGAUGAAGUAGAGGACAUCCAGAAGGAGAUCACUGUCCUCAGUCAGUGCGACAGCUUAUAUAUCACUAAAUACUACGGCUCUUAUCUGAAGGACACAAAGUUAUGGAUCAUCAUGGAAUAUUUAGGAGGUGGUUCAGCUCUAGAUUUGUUGGAACCUGGUGCCCUGGAUGAAAGUCAUAUCGCGACUAUUCUCAGAGAAAUCCUGAAGGGCCUGGAUUACCUGCAUUCAGAGAAAAAAAUUCACAGAGAUAUUAAAGCUGCUAAUGUCUUGUUGUCAGAGCAGGGCUAUGUGAAGCUAGCAGAUUUCGGUGUGGCCGGACAGCUCACAGACACACAGAUCAAGAGGAACACAUUCGUGGGCACUCCAUUCUGGAUGGCACCAGAAGUCAUUAAACAGUCAGAGUACGACUCAAAGGCUGAUAUCUGGUCUUUGGGCAUAACUGCAAUUGAGCUGGCAAAAGGAGAGCCACCACACUCAGACCUGCAUCCAAUGAAAGUGUUGUUUCUCAUCCCCAAAGACAACUCACCCACACUUGAAGGAAACUACAGCAAAGCCCUCAAAGAAUUUGUAGAUGCCUGUCUCAAUAAAGAACCCAACUUUAGACCGACAGCUAAAGAGCUUUUGAAACACAAACUUAUCACUCGAUAUGCCAGGAAGACAACAUACCUCACAGAUCUCAUAGACAAGUACAAGAGAUGGAAAACAAAACAGGCCCGAGAUGAGUCCGGCUCAGAUUCCGACACAGAAGACGAUGUGAAACAGUCUGAGGAAUCUGUAUAUGAUAAAUGGAUCUGGGACACUAUCAAAGAGCCUCAGAAGCCUAAGAACAAGCUUGAAGUUGAACAGUUGGAAGAACCCGUCCACAAGCCUGCAGCCAUUCCAAAGAGACCCCAGUCUCAGAGCAUGUCCUCUAUUAUAACUCCAGUGUUUGCAGAGCUGAAGCAGAAGGGUGGUGUUUAUAAGCCGCUGGUGUUGGAUGAACUAAAGAACGCCAUAAAGAAUGUUGAAAAGUCGUGUCCAGGCAUUACUGAUUCAAUGGUGAUGGAGGUGGUACAGAGAUUAAAGAGAUUUUCAUCUCGACACUGACUGAUGUGUUGAAGAGGCGCACAUGCAUGCGCACACAUACAGACACGUACAAAAUAGCUGAAUAUUGAUAAGAAUCAGAUUAGGAUACGGUUUUACAUUAUCAGGUAAUUUGCUAGAUGUGUGUGUAUAUGUGAAAUCUGUGAACACAGUUGUAACACCCUAUGAAAUGGCUUUAUUUAAACAGUUUUCUUUCUGUGUUGACAUAUUUCUUAUUAAAAUACAAAUUUAAGGCGGGACAUAUCAGAGAAAAUGUUCUUUUUCUAAACAGACAAAACUUUUUUUAUGAUAUAAAUGUAAUUUAUGAUUUGCUAAUGACUAUUCCCAGUUUGUAAUGGGAGGGACAUACAGCUGUAAUAAAAAUAUCAGUCUUCUUUAGAAAAUUGUGCAUGGCCUGAGAUGAGUGUAUUACAAGUUAUUUUAAGUGUACUUUAGCAUAUGGAUGGUAUGACAAUCUCAGAAAAUAUAACUCUCUUACUGUGUACAUUACCUACAUUUUUUAUUUUUUUUGGUUGAACAAAUGCUUUAUUAUGACAAACUUAAAAAAAAGUAUCUUUGAAA